AUGGAUAAAAAAUUUAUUUUGACAAUUUUAAGUUUUUUUCCAUUAUUGUUGGUUAAAGGUUAUGAAAAUUUUAAUAUCACAACUAAAGGACAAGAAUCUGAACAAACAACUGUAAAGUAUGAUGAAAAUUCUACAUUACCAAAAGAGUUGGCAAAAAUAACUGUUACACAAGAAGAAAGUCCAAAUAAUAAAUCAUUACAAAAAAAUGAAGAGGAGAUUCAGGCUGAGGAAAGUGAUAAUAUUCCAAAAAGAGAUGUUUACCUUGAAGAAAAUGAAUGUAUGGUUGUACCAGAGGGAGACGCAAAUUUUAAAGCUUCAAACAAUGGUAAAUCAAUCUAUGCAGUGAAUGGAAAGAUUAUUGUUAAUGAGGGAAUAACUGACGAAUUUGGAAUUAAAAAUUUGGAAAAUUUGGCUGAAGUAAAGUGUGGUGUUGACAAUUAUGAGCAAUUUUCUUAUUGUGCCAAAGUUAAAUUUUUUAAUUCUGAUGAGAAGAAAACUUUCAAUAAAGAAUUGUUUAAACCAAACAAUCCUACGAAUAUUAAUGAAUAUCUCAAGAAUUAUAUGCAAGAUUUUGCUCUCGUUUUGAUUGAAGGCUGUGUUUUAUGCAAGAACAAAACUAAACCAAUUAACAUAUUAUUUUAUCAAUUACAUAAAGAAGGGCCAAUUAAGCCUGUUUGUGCAGAUGGUCAAGUAACAAUGAUUAGGUUAAAAUAA